AUGAGGAGAAUCAUAAAUGUAUCCGUUCUGGUUAAGUUUCGUUGUAGGACUGAAAACUGAAAAACCGUUCCCAAAAGCUAAAGACGGUUUGCUUUUCAUUUCCUUUCUAAGAAUUAAAAAUGCUUAUAAAGUUACAUCCUUAAGGAACAAAUUUUACCCACUGCCUCGCUCUGCAGUGGAGUCAGCUACAACUACAAAUCCCAUCAUCCAUUUCAUCUGACAAAAUUAUGACACACGACAAAGAUCGUAAGAAGGUAGAUACUAAAACCCAGGAACCUUUAAAACAUUCAAAGAAAUAAGUAGAAAUAUUCUAUAACAUACAUACGAGUUUAUCCUAAGCAGUUUAAGUGCAAACCGAACGAGUUUUAUACGUGAAAAUGAAAUGAAAGUUGUCUAAGUGUCUCAGAACCCAAUGGUACUACGUUGUUUUCCUGCCAGGACAUCGGAAUCUGAUUGGCUACCCCAAGGUUUAUUAAAAAGAAAAGUCUCUUCCUAUCGUAAAACACCAGGCUGGAGUAGGGCUCAAUGCACGCUUGUUGCGGAUCUGAAGUUGUUGAAACAGUGCUAUCUAUUAUGUAGGCGGAGACGGGCAUGUGUUGUCCUGUCAGGGAAUUUCCGCAGAACCGUCGCCGAAAAACCUUAAGAUAGCUGGAGUUUUAUUAGCGAUCAUCCUGCUCAGGUCUUGAAGGAACACUCCCUUUUGCGAUGGUACACGAAGAAUUAAGCGCCCGUCUCAAUGACAUCGGUUACAAAAACUGGCUGAAGGCAGGCUACUGCCUUCUGAAGCUGAGAGACGGGUUGCACGGGUUCGUCAAUAAUGAGACGAAGACUUUCCACGGGAGGCUGAUCGAUAAGAACCCCGUACUGCGGCGGGGAUACACGUGCAGACACGGGUGCCGACCUACGGGCAACCAGCUCCACUCCGUCUGCGGGCUGUGUGAGGAGUGGAAGAAGGAGAUCCUCAGGCAUCACUCCUACAGGGCAGCGAUCAUUAACUGGGGCAACUGCAAGCCCUGGCUCUGGCCUGCUCAGCACUGGGAGGUCGCGAAGGCCUACAUGCCCCGCGGCCAGGCGGCCAGCGCCGGGCCUGGGCAGUGUGACGCUGCCGCGCUGCUCAAUCUCCUCGGCUGCUGCGAUCACUUCAGCUUCCUCGACCAGCAGCAGGUCAGAGAGAUACUGGCUGUGGAUUGGUCAGUUCAAAUACCUGGAGCGGAUAGCACCGAUGGGCCAGAGGGCGUGUUUCCAGAGCUCGGCCACGUCAGCCUGGCGGAGACAGAGCUCCUGAGGGAGAGUGUGAAGGAGGUGCUCCUCUAUUCCGGGGAAGUGAACCCCCUUUCUGAACAGCAGAACCUGGAGGGUUUGCAGAGGCUCAGGGAUUUUCUGCAGAGCCACCGGGAUCUGGAGGAGAGGUUUCAGGCGGAGGUCCAGGACCUGCAGUCUCUAGAACUGGAGUUGCAGAAGCCUGGAGACAAAGACAGUGAGGACAACCGAGCCAAGGAAGCAGGUAGUGCUCCGCUAGAUAAAGAAUGACUGAAGAAGAUAUGGUGACCUUUGGAACAAUCUUCUGGAUUACAUCCAACAAUCCAUGACUGAAGACUGCAGUAUUUUUCAACUGUGCCUGAUCAAUACCAUUGUCGUGGGAAACUGUAUCAGAUGUCGACAACAUUUGUACUGCGUUUCAGUUUUAAAUAGGUGUUUUAAUAUGUUUUCUGCAAUGUUUGCUUCUCUGAAUAAAUAAUGUCUUUCAAUCCUUGAA